AUGGCCAGGAGUUGCUCUGGAUGUAAAGAGAAGAGGCCUGCACACAGUCUGUGUACUAACUGCAACAAGUGGCUGUGCAGCUUGUGUACUGAAGAACAUGGGCAUGGCAAGGAAACAGGAGAACAUUUCCUGCCUAUAUCGUUGAAAGGCUGUUCCGGUGCCGAAGGGGGAGCAAGUGAUUUUGCCCCAUUUUGUCCCAUGCACAGUCAAGAGUCACUCAAAAUGUUUUGUGAGACUUGCGACAUCCUUACUUGCCGUUGCUGCCUUCUGACAGAGCACAAGGAACACAGGUUCAGGCACCUCCAGGAAGCAUUGCAAAACCAGAGAGUCAUCCUGGAAAAUGUAACUGCUAAAGUGGAAGAGAGAAAAAGUGCAGCACAGGUUUCAGCCAAACAGAUUGAAGACAGGUUGUUUGAAGUGAAACACUUUCAGAGGAAAGUGGAAAAUCAGAUAAAAAUGGCCAAGAUGGUCCUGAUCAGUGAAAUAAACAAGAGAGCAAAUGUUCUCCUCGAACAGCUAGAGAGAAUCACCAGCGAAAGGAAGCAGAAACUAGAACAACAACUUCAGGGCGUCAUGGUAUUAAACAGGCAGUUUGAACAUGUGCAGAACUUUCUCAGCUGGGCAGUGUGCAGUAAAAACAGUGUUCCAUUCCUCUUCAGUAAAGAAUUGAUUGUGUUUCAGAUUCAACGUUUAUUGGAAACAAACUGUAAUACAGAUGCCAGCCCUCCUUGGAAAGUCAGAUUCACAUGGGACCCAUCUUUCUGGACAAAACAGCUCUCCAAUUUAGGUCACUUGUCAAUGGAAGGGGGACAACUACUUCACUCUGAGGUACCAGCCUAUGGAAGUAUGCAAGGAAUGCAGCCGUCUUUGUACCACCAUCAUGGACAUCAGUCACCAGCGCCGCACCACGAACCUGUCAAUAGUCCAUCCCAUCAGUUUCAUACUCCUGUUCACUGCCCUACACCAGUAUGCUGUACCCACUGCCUUAACAUCCCACACAUGAACAAAGGACAAUUACCUCAUCAGACCAUGAGCCACCCUCAGACUUUCCGGCAGCCUCCAGAGAUGCAGCAGCACCAGCAGCAGCAGCAGCAUUUCCCUUUGCAGUACAGCCUGCAGCAGCAUGAAAGAGAGCAGAGGUGCACAGCUCGCCCCAUGAAAACAAUGCCACCUUGUUUAGAGGCAAAAUCUCACCAGGAUCAUGAGAGCAUAUCUACCAGGAUGGGGAAGCAUGUGCAAGAGCAAGCCAUUCAUCAGGUGACACACCCAGUUUAUCCACACCCAUCACAGGAGGUUCCCCAAGGCCAGGCUGGCCAUCCCCAACAAGUGCCUGCACAGUCUCCUCUACAGGCACCAACUGUGCAAGUUCAGCUUGGCCCUGUCCAGAAGGUGAAAGUGAAUAAUGUGCCACAGCCACAGGAGCAUGCACCCCCACUGCAGCAACUCUCCCCACAGCCACCACCCACAACUGGCCAGAAUGAGAAAGCUCAUGAGCAAGUGAUACAGCAGAGUCUGGACAUCAUGCACCACCAGUUUGAACUGGAAGAAAUGAAGAAAGAUUUGGAGCUUCUCCUCCAGGCUCAGCAACCAAGCCUGCAGCUGAAUCAGGCCAAGCCACCACAGCAUGUACAGCAAACCAUUGUGGGCCAGAUAAACUACAUUGUGAGGCAACCAGCUCCAGCGCAGGCACAAAGCCAAGAGGAAUCACAACAAGUUGGUGAAGAUUCCACUGAGCCUGAAAGUCAGAAGUCAGUUCUUCCCCUGGACAGAAGUGUGAUCCCGCCUGUGUCACAGCCAUUAGAAGAAGCUGUUGUCCGCAUUCAUUCCCCAGAGAACCCUUUGAAUCGAGUGAGAAAGCGUUCCGGUUCACUGAAUAUUGUGGGCUUAUCUAAUGCUUUAGAAAUGGAGUUAUCUUCAACAAGGGUAUCCAGGUCAGCUGAUCCACAGACACAAGAUGUCUCUACUGUAACAUCUGGCCUGUCCCAAAGUAUGCCACAUGUCACUGAUAUGCAAUUGGAAGCUGCACCAAGUUUCAGCCUGGCUAUGGACAGAACUGCAAAUGACUUGAGCUCUGAGAAUAUGGACCACUUAGCAACAGGUAGCAUGUCCCUGGGGAGUGCAGUGUGCAAGCUGGAAAAUGAAGAGUUUGGCUCUGUGAGUUACCCUCUUGGAAGUAAUUCUGCUGCAGCUGAGUCAAAAGACAGGAAUGAGUUAUCUCUUCCUAUGCAAAAUAUUCUGGAAGAGCCUAUUAAUCUUUCAGUGAAGAAGACUCAGCCAUGUGUCUCCCCUUCCAUCUGUAUCACUAAUUCUUCCUGCAUACAGCCCUCUAAUCCAAAGCAACCAAGACAUAUUGAAGAUUGCCAUGACUGUGAAGAGGAACAUUUUGAAAUGGAAAUUAAAAGCAAUCAGAACAACAGAGUUUGUGCCAAAGAGAUGAAGGUUCCUUAUGUACGACUGGAACGAUUGAAGAUAUGCACAUCAGAAUCGGGAGAGCUUCCAGUAUUCAAACUGCAGCCUCAGAAGAAUGAACAUGAUGGGACUUUCCUGUUGAUAAUUGAAUGCGGUACCCAGUCUUCAAGGAUGGCUAUUAAGGUCAAUCAAGGAAAUCCACCUGAAGGACUAAAUGGCAAGCCUAAGAAGACAGAAGACAGACGAAUCCCUUCAAGCCAACCAACAGAGCAAGCGUUACCUUCCACUAUAGAUCACAGGUUCAGUAAUAGUAUGAAAAAAACUGUCCUUCCCCAGGAAGAUAGCCCAAUUGAGAACGAGGACUUCUGCGCUGUUUGUCUGAAUGGAGGAGAACUGCUGUGCUGUGAUUACUGCCCAAAGGUGUAUCACCUCUCAUGCCAUGUUCCUGCUUUGCUCAGCUUUCCUGUAGGGGAAUGGGUGUGUACACUUUGUCGCAAUGUUGAGAAGCCAGAGGUAGAAUAUGACUGCGAAAACACACGCUUCAGCUACAGCAACACACUAAUGCCCACAAGAGCACUUUAUGGCCUUGAUGACUAUGACCAGAAGAAGUGUGAGAAACUGGUACUUUCACUGUUCUGCAAUAACCUGAGUCUACCAUUCCAUGAACCAGUCAGCCCCCUUGCUCGUCAUUAUUAUCAGAUCAUCAAAAGACCUAUGGACUUAUCCACUAUACGGAAAAAGCUCCAAAAAAAGAACAAAUUCCACUACUCCACCUCUGAGGAACUGGUAGCAGAUGUGCGCCUGAUGUUCUGGAACUGCGCAACAUUCAACUAUCCUGAUUCAGAGGUUGCUGAGGCUGGACGAUGCCUGGAAAUAUUCUUUGAAAGCAAACUAAAAGAUGUUUACCCAGGAAAACAUUUCUCCUUGGUGCAGCAAGAUGAUUCUGAUUCUGAGGAAGUGGAGCAUGAGAAUAGCCAAGCAGCUUCAAAGGGAUUCAAUUGGCCAUCAUACCAGCAAGAGUGUAUCCAGCCCAAAAGAAGGCGACGGCAUGCUGAAAGUGAAAAAACAAAAAGACCGAUGUUUUGGCCAGCUAAAGGACUUUCACAGGUGUAACGUCUGCAUUGGUGCUCGAUAUGUUGUGAAGAACCCACAAGAGCAAUCAAAAUAAAUGACAGUCAUUAAA